ACAUUGUGCUAAUAUUGUAAUCAAAGUUUUGUUGUGGAGAAGAAAAGAAUUGUUAGUUUAUUUUGUUUUAACCAAAUUAAAAUUUUUAAGAAAGACUUCAUGUUUUACUAAAAAAAGGCCUGGUGUGUGCGCGUGUGUUAUACGUUAAUCGAAUAUUUCAAGAAAAGAGUAUAAAAGCGUGUUACUGAAUCGUCGUUAUCGAAAAAAAAAAGAAAAAAAUAUCCAAUGUGCUAUUAAGUGGAAGAAAUCAACCCUUUGUAUUCAAUAUUUUACAGAACUAAGUACGCUUUUCAACGCUCACCUUCUACCUCUCAGUUGGUUUUUAUCAUAAACUUCAAAAGUUAAAUCGGAAUUUUGUAAAAUUCCAAUAACGGUUUUGUGUGCGGAGAGUCGUGGUCGUCGUCGUCGUCUUCGUCGUCGUUGUUAUUCACAGGUAAACUCGUUAGAGUUUGCAAUUUGCCCGCUUUGAAUACACACAGCAUGUUAAGGCAAGAUGGGCGGAUUUCUCGAUAAACCGAAAACCAUUAAGCACAAUGACUCUGGCGAAGGCAACAAGUUACUUUACGGUGUCAGUUCUAUGCAAGGAUGGCGUUGCGAAAUGGAAGACGCUUACUAUGCGCGAGUCGGGCUUGCUGAAGGUCUUGAUGAAUGGAGUUUUUUUGCCGUUUUCGACGGCCAUGCAGGCUGUAAAGUAUCUGAACAUUGUGCCAAGCAUCUGUUAGAUAACAUUACCAGUACCGAAGAGUUUAGAAAUGGUGACCACGUGAAGGGUAUACGUACCGGUUUUUUGCACAUCGAUGAAGUGAUGCGCAAGUUACCUGAACUUAAUCAAAAUGCAGAAAAAUGUGGAGGCACUACCGCGGUAUGUGCUUUCGUAUCGCCUACGCAAGUUUAUAUUGCUAACUGUGGAGAUUCGCGGGCGGUAUUGUGUCGUCAAGGUGCACCGGUAUUUGCAACGCAAGAUCACAAACCUAUCUUGCCGGUGGAAAAGGAACGUAUUCACAAUGCUGGUGGAAGUGUUAUGAUCAAACGAGUCAAUGGGACUUUGGCCGUUUCGCGAGCACUUGGCGACUACGAUUUUAAAAAUGUUAAAGAAAAGGGUCAGUGCGAACAAUUAGUUUCGCCGGAACCAGAAAUCUUUUGUCAAAGUCGUCAAGAUAUGGAUGAAUUCUUAGUUUUAGCUUGCGAUGGCAUCUGGGAUGUAAUGAGCAACGAGGACGUCUGCAGUUUUAUACACUCGAGGCUGAAAAUCACUAACGAUUUGGUAACCAUAGCCAAUCAGGUCAUUGAUACAUGUUUGCACAAGGGCAGCCGUGAUAAUAUGAGCAUUAUAAUAAUUGCCUUCCCCGGAGCACCUAAACCAACUGAAGAGGCGCUAGAAGCCGAUAAACGGUUGGAGAAACAAAUUGAGGAAAUCACAAGAGAGGAGAUAGAAACUCAUCAGAUCACAGAUUAUUAUGAAUUGCUGCAAGCUUUGCAAGAUAGAAAUAUUGAAGGUCUUCCACCAGGCGGCGGUUUACAUGCAAAAUAUCCAGUCAUAGAGAGAACAUUUAAGGAACUCUUUCCCGAUGAAAAAUGUGAAUUUUAUGAAUUUUAUCAAAUGCUCUGAAAAAAAAAAAAAACGCAAACAAUCCCAUGAUAAACUCCUUUUAAACAUAACCUCAAAUUUUAUGCACAAACAUUAUCAAUCAAGAUUAUUUGUGCACGCCCUGUUCUCCUACCUCUUCGUUCUCGUCAAUAAUGUGCUCUGUGUAUCUCUUUCUUCUGUUUCUUAAGUUUAGCGCUACCUACAACUAAAUUGUAUUUUGAACAUUAUUAUUAUUAUAUGUAAAAUGCGAACCACAGACAUGCGAAAUUAAUAAAGU